AUGUUUGUAACGUAGAGAUAGUCUACAAUAGCUUGUCCUCAAGAAGAAGGAAAUAUGAAGAUCAUUAUUAAUUUGACCCCUUUAGAUGAAGUAGAUCAUGGUUUGUUUUUAUAUAAUGACUUCAUAAAAAUUCCCACAAGAACUGAAUACAAUUUGAAUUCUUAAGAUUUAGCUGUUUAGCAUUUGGUUUCCAAUUAAGUUAGAAAUAUUUUAAGAAACCAAGCAAGAUAAAAUAAACUUAAUUAUUCUAAAAAGCAGAUUUAACAUAAUAAGAAUUGA